AUGAUCAACGCCGUCCUUGUCUUCAACAACGCCGGCCAGCCGCGCCUGACCAAGUUCUACACACAGCUGGAAACCAGCGUCCAGCAGCGACUCAUUUCCGAGAUCUUCACCCUCGUCGCCAACCGUCCAAACUCAGCAUGUAACUUCUUGCCCCUCCCACCGCUCCUCGCCAGCAGCUCCAAAUCUAGCACGCCCACGACUCCUCACAACGACACACCGUCACUCGUCACCUACCGCCACUACGCGACCCUCUACUUUAUCGUAAUCUCCACGUCUACCGAAUCACCUCUCGCGCUGCUCGAUCUUAUCCAGGUCUUUGUGCAGGCGCUCGACGGCCUCUUCGAAAACGUAUGCGAACUAGAUCUGAUUUUCAACUUCGAGACACUACAUGCGACACUGGGUGAGAUGAUAGUAGGCGGCGUGGUGGUGGAGACGCAGUUAGACAAGGUCAUUCAAGGCGUAAAGGCACAGGGAAGAGUAGCCAAGAGACCCGUCAACGAAGGGAAGAACAUUGGUGGAGGAGGAGGCGGUGGUGGUGUCAUGGGCGGACUGACAUUCGGCGGUCUGGGAAGAGGAGACGUUAGCACCAUGCGCUUCCUCACUGCUGUCACCAGCUUCCUAUCUGUAGCCGCAGCGGCGACUCUCGGCAAACGUGCCGUGACGCCUGGCACCCUCUCCCAAGUCACCUCAUUCGGUGCUGCGCCUACCAAAGCGGGCUUCUAUAUCUAUGUGCCCAAGAAGCUUGCGGCCUCACCAGGAAUCAUCGUUGCUAUUCACUACUGCACUGGAUCAGCGCAAGCAUACUACACUGGCAGCCCUUACAAGACGUUGUCCGAGCAGUAUGGCUUCAUUGUCAUCUACCCGUCUUCCCCUCAUGAGGGUACUUGCUGGGACGUUAGCAGCAAGGCGACGCUUAGCCACGAGGGUGGAGGAGACAGCAACACCAUUGCCAACAUGGUCAAGUGGACUCUCAGCCAGUACAAGGCGGAUGCUUCCAAGGUCUUCGUGACCGGUUCCAGCAGUGGCGCUAUGAUGACCAACGUCAUGGCAGCAACCUACCCUGAACUCUUCAAAGGUGCCAUUGUCUACUCAGGUGUAAGCGCUGGCUGCUUCGUCUCUGCAUCAGGUGGUGUCGACGCCUGGAACAGCACCUGCGCUCAGGGUAACUCUAUCGCCACCCCUGCAGCCUGGGCCAAUGUUGUCAAGAACAUGUACCCCAGCUACACUGGUGCUCGUCCCAAGAUGCAGAUCUACCACGGUAGCGCAGACACUACCCUUCGCCCGCAGAACUACCAGGAGACGAUGAAGCAAUGGGCUGGCGUUUUCGGCUACGACUACAACAAGCCACAGAGCACAAAGGCCAAUGACCCCCAAAGCGGUUACACGAGGACUAUCUAUGGUCCUAAUGUCCAGGGUAUCUAUGCACAGAAUGUUGGACACACCGUGCCUAUUCGGGGCGCGGACGACAUGAAGUUCUUCGGCUUUGCCUAG